AUGUCAUCUCCCCAGCAACCCCAGCGUACUCGGAGCCUGAAUAUGCGAAAUCUGACCGGAAUAAAGUGGAAUACCCGUGGUAUCUUCAGAGUAUUGAAAAGCAUCUACUUCCGGAGCAAUGUGCCUCGGGAUCAGCAAUCGCAACAUGUGCACAAAAUCCGCGAUCAAGCAUGGGCCAUUCGCUCUUACCCCUGCACCGGCUUGGGCGUCUGGCUAGUCCCUUUUAUCUCCCGCUCCCCGGCCUAUCCCAUUAUUCUACAACGGUUGCGCUCCGGCGCCACGUUUAUGGACAUCGGCUGCUUUCUUGGUGGCGACAUGCGUCGCCUCGUGUUUGAUGGUGCACCGUCGGCGAACCUGGAUCGUUUCGACGCUCACUUUAUUCUGGCCGAUAUUAUGUCCCCAGAGGAAAACCCGGAACUGCAGGCGCUGAAGGGCAGUAAGGACCAGCUUGAAGCUGCGAAGAAGUUGGUGGCGUUCGCGAAACCAGGCGCUCUGGUGAUGGGCUACCAGAUUGGCAAUGUCGAGGCAAAGGAAGUCGUCAAUUCAACAUUGCAGGUUUGUCAGUGGCGCCAUGAUCCGGUAUCCUUCGCGAAGAUGUGGGACCAGGUCGGUGCCGGGACGGACUCAAAGUGGGAGGCACAGGCCUGGCUACGUAGCUGGGACGACAUGGGAUGGGAUCCUGCGGAUCAGGCAUGGUUGGAGCCGGGAGACACGGUCAUCGAUUUCGUUGUGAGUAGAACGCAUUAG